AUGCCUGAGUCCCCAGAGCCCUUAGGCCAGAUACACUCUCUUCGUCGCUCCCUCACCCUUCCCACCAAGUUAAACCCUCACGCGCAACGACGCUCGAGCGUCCCGAACACCCCCGAAAAUGUAAUAUUUUACCAUCCGUCUGCGAAAAUCGUGCACUUCGCUCCCAGGGCGCUCGCCCCUAUUCCGUCUAGCUCAUCGCCAUCCGACUUUGACUACCCUGUUGACACUAUCGAAACACUCCCCUGGCGCUCCGCUACGGAGCGAACGGUCGCAACAGCGCCACUGAGACUAGAGAAGGUCCAUGGUUCAACGGCUUUCCUGAAAUGCGGAAAUGUUGUCCAUGCAAUUUUGAAGAACUCCCAGUGUUGGUGUGUUGACGGUGUAUCGAAGUUUGUUUUGCGCAUUCGCCCUCUUACAUAUUAUCGCAUCGAGAUUCCAUACGAAACAGAAAAUGAUCAGAGUCUGGUCGGAGAACUGAGAACCGCGCUGCCGACAGUGCUUCGAUAUGAGGUUACACCAUGUCCUUUCAAGCGCGCAUUCACUGUUGAACUCCCCAGCGAUGUGAUGGCACCUCGGCGCAAGAAGGCUUGGCGGCCAAAGGACCUGCCCAAACACCAGAAAGAGAGUGUACCGACUAUUAUUGAGUCCUCGCAGGAAACGUCAUCCCCUUCCUCAAUCAGAUCGGAAUGGAUUGAUUCAGCGAGCACUGGAGACGACACCGAUGGCAACCUUACAGACGACAGUGGAUUCAACUCGCACAAGGCUAGUAGCACAAUUUUGGAGACCGUCACCGAUGAUCAAGAAUUGUCCCGUGUUGAUAUGCUGGAUCCUCCCCGAGUAUCUCGGCCUUCUAGGCGCUCGGUGACUGAGACGCCGCAAACUUUCACCAGUCUGCUUGCAAAAUUCGAGGCUACAUCAGCUUCAGAAGAUGAAAUCAACACCGAGUCCAGUCUUGAGGUUACACCGCAGCCAGACAGUGAACCAGGGCUUGUUUUUGCCUACGCUGAACCCGAAUCUCAAUCCACAGGGGAAGCUGAAGCAUCUGUUUCAGAAGCAAAAACUUUGCCUACAGUAGAACCCGAGGCUGAGGAUAAAUCCAACAUCGCGCAAGCACCUACGCACUCUGAGGAUCUCGAGCCUGAUAGCGUGUUGCUUGUUGAAUCUACAGUCGACCCCGAAGCGGUAUUGGCAGUCAAACCAACUGUCGCAGUCGAAAUCCAAGCCAAUGCUGCAGACACCCAAGAUGUUGAUCAUGAUGUUUCUUUCGCCUCCAGUCCCGAGUCGUUCCACUCAAUUGAGCCUGCUUCGCCUGAUUCAGUCUCCACUCGGCCUACAUCCGCUGGAGGUCAUGAUGGCUCAGAGCCAAGCGAUAUGUUCGACUGGCCAAGUGCGAAGGAAACAAUCACCGACCUGGAAUUUGCGGAUUCAAGUCCUUCUAAGAAACCACGGUCUCUGGUGAGCGACACAUUGCCAAGUGACACAUCGAAUGCCAACGCAGUAUCUACCCAGCGUUUACUCGACCGCCCAAUCAGAUCCGGUUCUCCAGAGCGCUUCCCAGAUGCAUUCUCAGAUACCAAGAUGUCAGACCCCAUCCGCUCACGGCCUGCCACUCAGGUCUCUGCUCCUAAUCCCGAUUUCGACCACAUGAGUGUCGAGUUCCGCCGUCGGGCCAAGGCUACCAGAGAACGUGAUGUCUCGCCUAUGCCUCCCUCAUCGGCGUUAUACCGACCAACACAUGGCGACGAUGCCACAUCAUUCCUUUCCAAAGCUCUCACUCUAGUCUUGGUCCCGCCAGUCCACUUAUUUAUCAUUCUUAUUCACAUUGCCGCGCGUAUUGUCAUCAACCCAAACACCAACAAUACUCUACGUGAACCCUCACCUAAUACUCGGCAAACCGGCAACGAGUCGCCUCCUGUGGAUGAUUUCAGUUUCCCGUUGAAGCCUCAGGUAUCCUCAGAGUCUGAGAUCGCUGAGAUCACCCGGAAACUGGACCCCUGGGACUUGGACUAG